UUUUUUUUUUGAACAAUUAAUAUCUCUCCGGACUCAGUCAACGCUCCAUUUCGAAAUCUCUCUCAAGACCUUUCUUCAUUCUCCUUCUUCAUUCUUCAAUCUUACCAGCGCCAAGAGAUUAGUCGUAUGUUUUGCUCAACAUGUGGGUCUUUCUGCAAUCCAAACAUGGAGCGAGGUCGAUUCUCCUGGGGAUGAUCUUGUCGUUUCUUAGCUUAUCAUCACUUGCUCCUCCAGCUGAGUGCCGUUGCAGCGAGGGCUGUGACUUAGCUCUAGCGUCGUACUACGUUUGGGAAGGCACGAACCUCACCUUCACUUCGCAAUUGUUCUCUGUUCCUCGCUCCGAUAUCAUUGCCUAUAGCCCCCCUGAAAAUAUUCCGAACCAGGAUAACGUCCUUGCAGGCACCAGGAUUCUCGUGCCUUUCCGAUGUGAUUGCCUGGAAAACGGCGAGUUUUUGGGCAAAGUUUUUCCGUACGUUGUUACUCCCGGGGACACGUACGAACCCCUUGCGGGAAGGUACUAUUCCAAUUUGACGACUGUUGACUUGUUGAGGAGAUUUAACAGUUACCCGGAGAACGAUAUUCCGGAUACGGGGGCGACAUUGAAUGUGACGGUGACUUGCUCGUGCGGGGAUAGGGAUGUCUCCGAGGACUACGGCUUGUUUGUUACGUAUCCCCUGAGGCCGGGGGAGAGCUUGUCGUCGGUGGCAAACGCGGCGAACGUCAGUGAAGAUUUGGUUCGUAGGUAUAAUCCGGGAGUGAAUUUCAAUGCCGGGAGUGGGGUGGUGUUUGUUCCGGGAAGAGAUAGAAAUGGGAACUUUCCACCUAUGCCGCCAAAAAGCACAGGACUAUCAACUGCAGCCAAAGCUGGGAUAUCUGUAGCAGCAAUAGCAGGAGUAUUUUUAUUGGCAGGUUUAAUCUAUGUGGGAUUUUACAGAAAGAGGAAAGAGAAUGUCUCAUUGCUGCCAGCUUCUGAAAAUCAAUCCCAUCACUUCGGGCAAGAAGUUACGGCACUUAAAGGUGCAGAUUCUGCUCGUGCUGCUGAUGGAGCUGCUCCGGUCAUUUCGGGCAUUACUGUUGAAAAAUCUGUUGAAUUCUCGUAUGAAGAACUUGCGAGUGCAACUAGUGACUUCAGCCUCGCAAAUAAGAUUGGUGAGGGUGGCUUUGGUGCUGUCUACUAUGCCGAGCUUAGAGGAGAGAAAGCAGCUAUUAAGAAAAUGGAUAUGCAAGCAACAAAAGAAUUUCUUGCUGAACUGAAGGUUUUGACACGUGUUCAUCACCUGAACCUGGUGCGCUUGAUAGGGUACUGUGUUGAAGGUUCUCUCUUCCUUGUAUAUGAAUACAUUGAGAAUGGCAACUUAAGUCAACAUCUGCGUGGUACAGGGAGGGACCCGUUACCAUGGUCAACUAGGGUGCAAAUUGCGCUGGAUUCAGCUAGGGGUCUUGAAUAUAUACACGAGCAUACGGUUCCUGUAUACAUCCAUCGCGAUAUUAAACCAGCAAAUAUCCUAAUAGACAAAAACUUCCACGCAAAGGUUGCUGAUUUUGGUUUAACGAAACUGACUGAAGUUGGAAGUUCAUCUUUGCCGACACGUUUGGUUGGUACAUUUGGGUACAUGCCCCCAGAGUAUGCUCAGUACGGAGACGUCUCUCCCAAAGUUGAUGUGUAUGCUUUUGGAGUUGUUCUUUAUGAGUUAAUUUCCGGCAAGGAAGCUAUAGUGAAGGCAAACGGUUCUGUAGCCGAGUCAAAAGGCCUAGUUGCUUUGUUUGAAGAAGUCCUCAAUCAACCCGAGCCCAACGAUGACAUUCGACCGCUGGUUGACCCUAGACUUGGAGACACCUACCCAUUGGACUCGGUCCGAAAGAUGGCGCAGCUUGCGAAAGCUUGCACUCACGAGAACCCUCAAAUACGGCCAAGCAUGAGGUCGAUAGUGGUGGCUCUGAUGACACUAUCGUCGUCAACAGAGGAUUGGGAUGUGGGCGCCUUCUAUGGAAACCAAGGCCUCAUAAAUCUCAUGUCUGGAAGAUAGUAUAGUAACACUCUGGUUGGUAUUUGUAAAAUGGACCAACAUUUCAUUUACAGUGUUGUUGUGUAUCUUUGCAUUAUUUACCACAUUUUUUGUUUGUAUAUAAUACUGUGUAACAGUUUGAUGAGUGGAAUAAAUCUGCAGCGCUGUGGGAAGAAUUAAGAAUACUCUGUCCCACCCAUCUCUAAUAUGUACUCUAAAUAUUUACCUU